AUGGAUCCUAAGUUGUACGAGUGUGCUUUAGUUGGAGAUAUGUUUAGACUGAGACAAUUGAUGUCAGAAGAUGGGCAUAUACUUGAAAGAUCAGAAACAGCAAAUUCGAACGGCAACAAUAUCCUACAUAUAGCAGCCAUCUACGGGCACGUCGACUUUGCUCGUGAAGUACUGAGUGCAAAGCCGGAGCUGGAGCUGUCAAGCGAUUUGAAUGAAGCAGGGUUCUCCCCACUUCAUUUGGCCGCAGCCAAGGGGCACUUGGGCAUGGUCAACUUGUUGCUGGCCGCAGAUCCCGACCUCUCUUCUUUGAAGGACAAGCAUGGCCGACUUCCGGCACAUGCUGCAGCCAUGAAGGGCAGAGUGGAUGUGCUGAAACAGGUCUUGGCUGUCAACCCCUGGUGCCUCAAGGAAAAAACAGAUAGAGGAGAGACGGUCUUGCAUUUGAGCGUGAAGGAGAAUAAGGUAGGAGUAGUGGAGUUCUUGAUGUCGUUGCAGGAGGUCGAAGGUAUAGUCAACGAAGGAGAUUGUUGCGGCAAUACUGCUUUGCAUUUGGCAGCAGCAAGAAACCUAAGAAAGGUAACUGGUAUUCUUAUCGACAAUAGUCCCGUGGCGGUGGACUUGAACGCCUCGAAUAAGUACGACGUCACUCCACGUGAACUACUGAACUGCCGGUUAACUGGGAGCAGACGAAACGAGGACGACGAAAUGGUGAAGCUUCUCAACCCAAAGAACGCGCCAGCGUCCACAGAGACAGGUGUUGCGCCCUCCCACGACCCAGCGGCCACAACCGAUGUUGCGCCCUCCCAAAACCCAGCGUCCACAGAGACCGAUGUUGCGCCCUCCCACAACCCAACGUCCACAAUAUCAGCUGUCACUGAUCACUCCACUGAAGCUGAAAGGGAGAGAAAAAGGAAAGGACGGGCGAAGCUGGCAGACAACAGACAACAUGAUCAUAGUGGCUAUCCUGAUAGCGACUGUGACGUUCCAGGCGGCCCUUACACCUCCGGGUGGCUUUUGGCAAAACGACUCAACAGUUGCAGCCAUCUCUCCUUCCCCGCUUAG